CAUUGAUGGGGUGGUAUUUGAUUUAAAAAGCGACGGUGUAAGAUGACAAGUUGAGCAGCUGAGUCAUCAUGUCAGACAAGGUGGUGUUGGUUCUUGGUGGAGCAGGAACUGUGGGCUCCGGGAUAGUUCAAGCCCUGUUGGAUAAAGGUUCCAAAGUUGCCGUGAUCUCGCGAGACAACAAUCGGCUGGAGAGACUCAGAUCAUCUCUCUCUCCCAACACAAAACAUCAUCUCGUCACAAUAGUGGGGGAUGUCGGGUCCGAGGAAGGAGCAGAGAAGGCCAAAGAGGUCCUGCUGCAGAAGGUGGGGAAGGUUACUGAUGUGGUUUCCUCUCUGGGCUUCAGCUGGUGGCAGGGGGGACCUCCACAUACCCAGACUCUCAAAGACCUGCACUGGGUCAUUGAGUCGUUACUAUUUAGUACGUUUGUGUCAUGGAAGGCCUUCUUUCCCUUGGUGAGGGACGAUGCCAACUGUAGCUACACCUUCAUCACAGGGGGCGCAGGUGAGAAGCUUCUGAUGCCCGGGACUGGUUUCCUGACUGUAGGAGCCGCCAGCGCCCUGGCCUUCUGCCAGGUUCUAAGAGAGGAGUACCCAGACCUGUCCUGUAAGCUCUACCAGGUGAUUAUCAACACAGGUGUCGCUACUCCGGAUCGACUGACCCCUGGGUACUUGAACCACAUGGAUCUGGGUGAGGCUGUAGCCAAACUGGUGGAGGGACAAAACGCAUCCAACAACGUCUUCACCAUCAGCUGCCCCGCAGACUUAGAAACUGUUUUUCUCUAAUUUUUGGAAACUCCACAUGUUCUAGCUUGUCCCACUUUCUCCGGUUCCCGAACUUGGUAGAAACUCCUGUCGAUCUGUGUAGUAGAAAAUUCUGUGUACAAGAUGAAACCCUUAAGGUUCUGUCCCACUGCGCCGUUUAAUGAUUCCAUAUGAAAAACUAAGGCGUACGGUUUUUGGACUUUCUUUGGAUUCCAGCUGGUUUACAGCGAGGGAUGUCCGAUAUUGGCUUUUUUGUCAAAAACAAAAAAAAUGCCGAUAUUGUCCAACUCUUAAUUUCCGAUACUGAUAUGUGUAACAUGACAUUGAACACAAAUGUGUUGUAAAAGCCGAUCCGAAAAAUCCGAAAAAUCCGAAAAAUCUGAAAAAUCCAAAAAAUCCAAAAAAAUCCAAAAAAUCCGAAAAAUCCGAAAAAUCCGAAAAAUCCGAAAAAUUCGAAAAAUCC